UAGUUGACAAGUAAUUUAGUAAAAUGAAGAGGGGUAUAAUCGUAAAAAAGCAAGGAAGACGACAAGAAGAGAAGGAUAUGAACGAAGAUCACGAAACAGUGGAAGAUAUUUGCGAGUCGAGAGCGUGAAGUUGCUUCUCUCUCACGCUUCCAUUAUCUUCGCCGGAGAUGACGAUCAUCACCGCCGGAGCUCACCAGAAGUUUUCCGGAAGCUCAUAGGAACGAUCUCUCUGUCCGAUCGAUCGCGAGGAAUGCAAGACUUGCAAGCGAUGAUGUUGCAGCGCCGAUUACGAGGGUACGAGCCGCCGUCUCAGCACGCCGCCGCCGUAGCGCCACCUCCGCCGAUCAAGUGCCCCCGUUGCGACUCCACCAAUACAAAGUUCUGCUACUAUAACAACUACAACCUCUCACAGCCCCGCCACUUCUGCAAGGCUUGCCGGCGGUACUGGACUAAGGGCGGCGUCCUUCGCAACGUCCCCGUCGGCGGUGGCUCCCGUAAGAGCUCGUCGAAGCGUAGUUCCUCAUCCUCCUCCAAGAAACCCUCCGCUGUCGCCGACAGCGAUCGCCGCCGCCCCGUUGUCUCCCGAUCCAACAGCGAUGCGUCUUCCCUUUCAAACCCUAACCCUAACCCUAACCGUAGCCCGCCACGUCAUCCGGAGCCGGAUCUGAACCCGGACGCCGGUGGUUCUCUCACUGGACUCAUAGCAGCGGCAGAGAAGCAGUCUACGGUGGGGAUGGGGUUUGGGUUCAGUGAUCCAACGGCUGGGAUCACGGAUCUGGGACCGAGGAUGGUUGGCGGUGAGAUCAACGGCUUGGAUUGGCCGGCGCCGGUGUUCGAACAGGGAGAGUUCUGGAAUCAGGGUCAGUGGAGCGAAACCGACCCGAACCCCGACCCCUCUCUCUUUCUUCCCUAAUCUCUCCCGCCUCAUUAAUUACAAACUAUUAUUAUUAAUUAUUAAUUAUUAAUCAAUUCUGUGUAUUUUUAUAUAUAUAUAUUUUUUA